AGUAGACAGUCUGAAAAGUGUGUGUGCGUGUGUAUUUAGUUCCAUGUAAGUAUAUGUUGCUGUUGUAACAGUUCAAUCAAAUAUGCAGUGGCAUUUCCCUCUGAGAGUAGUGAUAUUAUGGAGUUUGACUGAGGACAUUGUCAUUGUAGAGUUGAUCAGCAUCCAGACUUUUGUAAUCCACAGAACUAUGUAUGAAUGGUAGCCUGGUACACCACAGAGCUUGUAGUUGUACACAGUGCGAGCGGAGCUGAUACAGUUGUGUGUUCAUGUUGUGUGGGGCAGUUUUGCUGUGUUGCAUUGAGGUGUGUUGGCGUGUCGGUUGAAGGAUGGCAGUUUUGGUAUGGACUGAAAUAUCUCAAAUGUUGAACGUAAUGCUAUGAAACUUUGUGCUGACUUCCCUGAUCCCAAAGGUUGAAUUGUUAUAACUUAGUCGAUCUUUGUUUUUUAUGAAGCAUCGUCAUCAGGUGACAUUUAAAACUAGUGACACUCCCAUCAGCCUCAACUGAACAUUAAAUGUAGCGCUAAUUGGGAAAUGUUAGCAUGCUAAACUAAGAUAGCUACCAUGGUAACGCUUUACAGUCAAAAACUAAGCACGUUAGCAUUGUCAUCUUGAGCUAGCCUUUACGUAGCACAAGCGCGUAAAGACGUUGUCGUCACUGCCAAGAUGGCGACGGCCACUUUGAGCUUCACAAUAGCUCUUCAGAUGACGUCACAGAUGCUAUGUCCAAAAUGUAUAGUCUGUUUUGGCCCCUCAUUUGAGGCUGCAGUUAUGACUAGCUCGUUGGUACACAUUUGUUCUGAUAGAUGGAGAAAGGGAGGUCUUAGACAUAUUAAUGUUUUAAAGUACAUUGUGCAUAACAAGUCACCCAAAAUCUUAUUUGUGAAUUAACUAAGUUAAGAAAAGUCUGGAACCAUGUAAAUAUGCCACUGACAAAGAGAACUCUGUCUUUCUCUUCCCUCCAUCCAGUUAUCCAGAGAGUGAGUGUCCAUUCUUAUCCAAAGCCCACCUACUCAUACGCUUACUCUCUCUCCUUUUCACCUUCCUUUUUCCUUAUUCUUCACAGUCAGCAUCUCUCAUCACUAUGGUGAUUGUGAUAAUGGAGAAGCCUCAUUGGUCCUCGUGUUUCUCUCUCUCCAUGUCUAAACAGGCUUACUGUGUCUCCCUGCUCUCUAGAGGUCCUUCUGUCACCCAUCGAGCGAGAUGGGGAGAAAGUGAUGAUUCAGAGAGGCAGACAUGUACUGGGAGGUGAGACAGAUAAAGGAUGAGUCACAGCUUGGACAGAGGGAUCCAGCUAUGCCAUGGAAGAGGAUAAGAGGGCAGGAGUGAGUGACAGGUGGAUUGUUUUGGUCCUCAGAAGUAUGAAGAACAGGGAGGAAAGCAUACGAGUAGACAUGGAGGCCAUGCGUAAGACAUUUCUACUACUCAGUCCCUUUCAAUGACUGGAGUAGAUCAGAGACAAGCAGGCAGCAGUAAGGAUGUGAAAGGUGGCUGUCCAUGAUGGCUGUCCUGUGAACAAUGUUGUCAGAGUAACUGCUGUGAAGUUGGACCAAUGGGUGGCAGCAGCAGCAGGUUGUUUGGUACGUUGGCCCAGUCACUGAACAGCGCUCCCUUGGCCCAACCAGAGCCGUACCUAAACCAGGACCCGGACCAGCUGCUCAGAGAGUGUGAGGAGGCCCUGCAAAGACGUCCAGCCCGCCCACAUCGGGAUCUGUUCUAUCCCAGUGGCACGGCGCCGUGCCGCCACAAGCACAACUCAUCCAUACGGAUCAUGCAGUGGAAUAUACUCGCACAAGCUCUUGGCGAGGGGAAGGACGGGUUUAUCCGCUGUCCACUGGAUGCUCUCAACUGGCAGGAAAGGAAGUACCUGAUCCUGGAGGAAAUCCUCACCUACCGCCCAGACAUCCUGUGCCUGCAGGAAGUGGACCACUACUAUGACACUUUCCAGCCAAUCAUGGCCAGUCUCGGUUACCAAGGUAGCUUCCUGGCCAAACCCUGGUCCCCCUGCCUGGAUGUAGAGCAGAAUAACGGUCCCGACGGCUGCGCUCUGUUCUACCGCAGCGCACGCUUCUCUCUGCAGGCCACAGCUCACCUGCGGCUGUCGGCCUUGAUGCUGCCCACCAACCAGGUAGCCAUCGUCCAGACACUGAACUGCAAGGUAACGGGCCGACGGCUGUGCGUGGCCGUCACCCAUCUGAAAGCUCGUAGCGGCUGGGAAAGGCUGCGCAGUGCGCAGGGUGCCGACUUGCUGCAAAGUUUAUGCAGCAUAACGUCCCAAGGUGGCAGCAGCUGCCAGACUGAGGUGGAGUCAGGCACCAUCCCGUUGGUAGUGUGCGGGGACUUUAACGCUGAGCCCUCAGAGGACGUGUACCGCCGCUUCAGCUCCUCCACUCUCGGCCUGAACUCGGCAUACAAGCUGUUGAGUUCUGACGGACAGACGGAGCCGGCCUACACCUCGUGGAAGAUCCGCCCCUCUGGAGAGAGCUGCAGCACUCUGGACUACAUAUGGUAUACCCAUGAUGCUUUGAGUGUGGACUGCCUGUUGAACAUUCCCACAGAGGAGCAGAUCGGCCCAGACCGCCUCCCCUCCUACCAUUACCCCUCUGACCAUUUAUCACUGCUCUGUGACGUCAUCUUCAGGGAGGGGCCCCACAGACUGAUGUAGGCUGCCAGUCACAGCAGCCUGGACCAAUAGGAGGACUGAUGAGUGGACCUUUAUUGUGAAUCAGUGAGGAAAGUGAAUGUCAUAUUAUCCACCAGAUUGAGUCAUGGCAGGACAAGUGAGAUCUGAUGGGAGAGUGAAUCACUUGUAAUCAUAAGACACAAACCACUUUCUGUGAUGUUGCUUUUGCUUUAAACAUCACAAUGAGGUCACAAUGGGGAACAUUAGAAGAAGUGAAAUGACAUAUUGUGAUAUCACUUGUGAUGGAAGUUAUUUUAGUUUGAGCAAUAAAUUGGGAUUUGAUCCAUUGACUUGUGUCGAGGUGAGUCGUCAGUCCUCAGUUUCUUUUGAACUGAACUUCAGCUGAAAUAGCAGCUAAAGGUUCAUCUGCCGGAGUUUGAACACUGGAAACAAACUGCAGUUAAGACUAUCAUAACUUCUGUGUUAUUACAUUCUUCUUUCUAUCAUCUAGUUAUACCAUAUUCGACAGCUUUUCCUAGAGUGUUUUUAAAUAAAUUAUUUUGCAUUGAAGUAAUCCUUGAUGGUUUCUAAAUUUGACAUUGGUCGUCAUGACAAUGUUGUUGCUGUGAGUAAAGUGAACAUGAAGAGAAAUGUUAA